AUGUUUAAAGAAAAGAAGAUUGUGAUCCAGCACCAGCGGAUCUGCAGCGGUGAGAGGCCCUACAAGUGUGGGGAGUGUGGGAAGAGCUUUGCACAUGGCUCCAGCCUGUUCACACACCAGCGCAUCCACAGUGGUGAGAGGCCCUACAAGUGUGGGGAGUGUGGGAAGAGCUUUGUGCACAGCUCCAACCUGAUCAAACACCAGCACAUCCACAGCGGUGAGCGGCCCUACAAGUGUGGGGAGUGUGGGAAGGCUCUUAAAUAUAGCUCCAGCCUGAUCAGACACAAGCAGACCCACAUGGGCGAGCAGCCUUACGCCUGCGACCAGUGCCAGGAGAGCUUCCGGUUCAACAAACGCAGGUUGGCCAAGCACCGGUUGACCCACACCCGCAAGAAGCCCGAUGACUGCCCAAGUGCAGGAGAGCUGCAGGCAGAGCCCCCACCUCACCCAGCACCAGCGGAGCCACACUGGUGA